AUGGGGUCUCCCCUUCGUUCUCUUAUAUUCAUCGCGACCUUCUGCAGCGCUGUUGUGCUGGUUUCUGCUAACUCGGUAGAGACCUCCUUUUCGCCCAGGCAGGCAACAGCGGGCUUCACAUGCUCUUAUCCCGGAUACCAGAGCUGCAAUAGCAAGAAAGAGAGAAGUUGCUGGGUUAAGAAGAGUGGUAAAAUUUACAGUAUUGACACUGAUUACGAAGAUGACUUUCCGAUUGGCAUCACAAGAACUUUUAACUUGGAAAUAGCCGAGAAAGUAGUAAGCCCUGAUGGCUUCGCAAAGGUUGCACAAGUGGUGAACGGCCAAUUUCCUGGCCCGGCCAUCGAAGCAUGCUGGGGCGACACGAUCGUUGUGAAUGUCAAGAACACGAUCAAGAAUAACGGUACCACGGUGCACUUCCACGGCCUUCGCAUGUUCCACGAAAACAACUUUGACGGUACCAACGCUAUCACUCAAUGCCCUAUUGCUGAGGGUGAUACGUUUACCUACAAAUUUCAGCUCAGGCAAUAUGGACACAGCUGGUAUCAUUCACACUACAGCUCUCAGUACGGCGAAGGGACUUUUGGCCCAGUGAUCAUCCACGGACCCUCGACAGGCAAUUGGGAUGAGGAGAUCGAUCCGAUUAUGGUGCACGAAUGGCAUCAUGCUAGUGCUUACGACGCCUUCUACGAGUCGAUGACCUCUCCAGCACCACCCAAGGCUGACCUUAUAACGCUCAACGGCAUUGGUCGCAACAAUGAACUCGGCACGGGCUCCUUUUUCCAACAGACAUUCGAGCAAAAUAAGAAGUAUCUUCUUCGAAUUACCAACAGCGCCAUCGACUUCCAUUUCCACUUUUCGAUCGAUAACCAUCUGCUUCAGGUUGUCUCUGUGGACUAUGUGCCCAUAAAGCCUUUCUGGACAAAUUCGCUUUCGGUCGGCAUUGGCCAGCGUUACGGUGUCAUUGUUCAUGCCAAUCAGACGGCUUCUACCAAUGGAAAAUACUGGAUACGCACAGAGUACUUCGAUGGCAAUGUUCAGGAUGCCACCUUUUGUCAAUUUCCUCAACAGAACUAUCCGCCGAACCAAACUGAUACACAACGUGUGGGUAUCCUGAGUUAUAAGGGUUCAGGCUCUGGUGACCCCAAGACAUCGAGGUGGCCUGUAAAGGUUGGCUGUAAGGAUCCUGUUUUUGAGCCUCACCUUGAGUGGAAUGUGACGCCCCCACAAAACGAUGUGCUCAAGAACGCGCUUUAUGUGGGAAUUGAUAGAAGCAAAGAGGUUCAUGGCGCAUUCCGUUGGCUGCUUGCAGAGCAGCCUCAAUGGCUCAAUUACUCCAAUCCAACGCUUCUGAAUUUGGGUAAUACGACCUGGAUCUCUGACUACGUUCUAGAGCCAUACUCCUACAACGAUCCUGAAGGUUUCGUCUACUUCAUCAUCAACUCAGGCGGCGGCCCUAGCAAUCUCGUUGGCGGCACCCACCCAAUGCAUCUUCAUGGCCACGACUUCGCCAUUCUCUCGCAAGGUGAAGGUCCCUUCGAUCCAGCAAAUCCUGUGUAUAAUACAGCCAAUCCGCCUCGCCGGGAUACCGCCAUGCUCCCGGCAAUGGGCCACCUCGCCCUCGCCUAUAAGACCGACAACCCUGGUGCUUGGCUUCUCCACUGUCACAUCGGCUGGCAUGCCGGAUCGGGUAUGUCACUUCAAAUCCUUGAGCGACAGAAGGAGAUCACAGCAUGGAUUGGUGGCUCCGCUGCUUUUGAACCUGCGAAGAGAGGCUGCAAGAACUGGAAUGCCUUUUUGGCCAAACAUAAAGAUGACCCGAAUGUCUUCAACCCGGAUAACCAGGAUGAUUCAGGCAUAUGA